GGUCACUCUAAUAUUUCAUCAUCACGGAACACUCACGCUGACACUCUGAGAGUGAUGUCUGCUGAAGUCGUUUCGGCGUUCAUGGCCAUCGGUCUUAGCGAACAGAAGGCAAAAGAAACUCUAAAGAAUGAAACUGUUUCACAGAAUCUAAAAACUGCUAUAGAACAGGCAGAGAAGAUUGCUCCAGGACAGAUUGACAAGGAGAAUGGUAAAUUGUUGUAUAACAUCGCUACCAAACUAAAGGCCCAGAUCAAGAGCCACCAACUCAUGCUGGUGGAGUACAUCAUCAAACGUGAAAUCACCACGGAGAUACAGCUUAAUGCUGCCUUGGACUACCUGCUUCAUCACCCCCUCCCUCCAGUAGACAUAGAGAGGUUUGAGAAGGAGUGUGGUGUGGGGGUGGUCAUCACGCCAGACCAAGUGGAGGCUGCGGUUGAGGAAGUCAUUGCAAAAUACAAGAAUGAGCUUUUGGAGAAGAGAUAUAGGUUUAACAUGGGGACUCUGAUGGGAGAGGCUAGAUCCAAACUUAAGUUUGCUGAUGGUAAGAUUGUAAAGAAUGAAGUGGACAUGCAGGUGUUAGAUCUACUGGGUCCAAAAACUGAGGCCGACCUAGAAAAACCAGCCAAGAAAAAGGUUGUUAAAGAGCAGAACAACAGUGGGACAAAGCCAGGACCCAAAAAAGAGACCCAGACUGCAGAAAGCUUUGUCAGUGAAGAUGGAGAGGUGAAAAGCUUUAUGGAGGUGAUGGGACAGGCUAUGAAGUUCCACAAAACAGGGGAGAAUUACAAGACUGACGGGUAUGUCAUCACACCCAACACAAUGGACCUCCUAAAGAAACACCUUAAGGAGAUUGGGGGGAAGGUUCACACUCGAUUUCCUCCCGAGCCAAAUGGAAUCUUACACAUAGGGCACGCUAAAGCAAUCAACUUUAACUUCGGUUAUGCCAAGAAACACAAUGGCAACACUUACCUGAGGUAUGAUGACACAAAUCCAGAGAAGGAAGAAGAAAAGUUUUUCACUGGAAUCAGAGAAAUGGUGGAAUGGCUGGGGUAUAAGCCAUUCAAGGUGACCCAUGCCUCAGACAAUUUUGACAAGCUUUAUGAGUAUGCUGUAGAGCUGAUAAAGCGGGGGGAUGCCUACGUUUGUCACAUGCGGUCGGAGGACCUGAAGGGGUUUGACACUCCUGACUCCCCGUGGAGAGACCGGCCGAUCGAGGAGUCUCUACAGCUGUUUGAAGAUAUGAAGAAUGGUAAGAUUGGAGAAGGGGAGGCCACUCUGAGGAUGAAAACAACACUAGAGGAAGGGAAGAAGGACCCAGUAGCUUAUAGAAUCAAAUUUACUCCCCACCACCGCACAGGGGAUAAGUGGUGUAUAUACCCGACCUAUGAUUACACACAUUGUUUGUGUGAUUCCAUAGAGAACAUCACCCACUCUCUUUGUACAAAAGAGUUCCAAUCAAGACGAUCGUCAUAUUACUGGCUGUGUAAUGCUAUAGAUGUCUACUGCCCUGUACAGUGGGAGUAUGGCCGCCUGAAUCUCAACUAUGCUGUUGUCUCCAAGAGAAAGAUCGCUAAACUUAUCACGGAAGGUUACGUCAGGGACUGGGAUGAUCCCCGUCUGUUCACGCUGACUGCCCUGAGAAGAAGAGGAUUCCCUCCAGAGGCCAUCAACCUCUUCUGUGCAAAGGUGGGUGUGACCAUGGCGCAGACAGUGAUAGACCCCUCCAUGUUGGAAUCUUGUGUUAGAGAUGUACUCAAUGUCACCGCACCAAGAGCAAUGGCCGUCCUGGACCCUCUGAAAGUAACCAUCACAAAUUUUCCACCAGACCAACCCACCUCACUGACUGUACCUAACUUCCCAGCUGACGAGAAGAGAGGCUGUCACACGAUCAGCUUCAAACCUGUGAUUUACAUCGAAAAGACAGAUUUCAGAGAGAGUGCUGACAAGAAUUACAAGAGAUUUGCCGAGAAUCAACCAGUCGGUCUACGACAUGCGGGCUACGUCCUCACAGUAGAAAAAGUUGUUAAGGAUAACAGUGGAAAUGUUAUAGAAGUCAUUGCAUCCUGUAAGAAGACAAGUGAAACAGAGAAACCCAAGGGGUUCAUUCACUGGGUGUCAGAUCCACAGGUCUGCGAAGUCAGACUCUACGAAAAAUUAUUUUUUCACAAAAACCCAGAAGAUCCAGCAGAGGUUCCAGGUGGAUUUUUAUCAGAUAUAAACCCUGAAUCUCUGAAGAUAAUCCCACAGGCCUACGUAGAUGCCACAGUUAAAAAUGCCAAAGUCUUUGACAAGUUUCAGUUUGAGAGGUUAGGCUUCUUCGCUGUCGACAAAGACUCAAGUCCCACUAAGAUGGUGUUCAACAGAACAGUUACCCUGAAAGAAGAUCCAGGCAAAAGUUAACUACUGCUAUUGAAAUGGGACAGAAAAAUACUUCAAUAUAACACACAGAAUA